AUGGACAGGAUCGGGGCUGCGGAAGCUGCGCUUUCGUACGAUGAGUUGCGCGCCCCGUUGAUUACCGCUCUCGAGCGCGAUUGGCAGCAUCCCCGGAUGGCGCUGAUGUUCAGAGCCAUCGAAUACAUGCUUGCCCAUGAGUCUACGCUUUCUCGAGCAACAGAACGGCUGAUGGCACUCCGCGCUGAUGUUCCCUCGACGUCGGAGGUACUCUCCUCUCCCGAGCUCGGCGAGCAGAAUUUCGUUGCCGCACAUCCCAUCUUGCUCAGGCUAGAGCCAGUUGAAGCCCCAAAUAGCCACGCAUCCACUCGCUACUCUGGUGGCUUUUCGCUUACCUCUUGGGUCUCCGAACUCUUAUCACGACUCCCCGGUACCGAGAUCCACCCUCCGCCUCUUCGCGUACCGCCUGUUUCAUUCGAUCCAUACACGCUGGACAUCCUUGAAGACGUCUUCCAAGCACUCUACGCCGUCAGCGACCCCAUCGCCAUUCUACACCUAGUAGCCUGCAGAAGGCAGGGCACCGCUACGGAUCCGCAUGGCACAUUGCGCUGGCAUCUCUGGCGGCUUCACAACCGUGUCACGCUGGCAAUCUUGCCUACCGAUACCUGCGCGAUCGCGAGUGUUCCGGUUGAACUGCUAUGCGUCGUGUUCGAGCACGCGCAGCAUUCCCACAAGAUACACUACUCACAGUGGCAAGGGAACUCCUCCAGCCAUCUUGCGAUGCGCGUAGUCUGUAAGAGGUGGUACCGCAUCAUCCAAGAUAUGCCUUCGCUCUGGGUCGGGAUGGUUCAAGGCUUCGGCGACGACUGGACGACGCGUGCCUUGACCCUCUCUCGGGACGCCGACCUCUCCCUCGUUCUCGGCCACGGUCAAUUCAUCGAAGGUGGUCGCCGCCUCCGCGAAUCAACACGUCUUCUGUUGAGAUACACACCUCGUAUCACAUCUUUGAGAAUAUCUGUCGGCUCCUGGAUGCAGAUGAUACUUAUCAACGCUUCGAUUCAAGUUGCACCGGUACCUCGACUCGCAUCGCUCGAGAUCACGCCGACGGAGACCAUGCUCCAUGGCUAUUUGAUACCCGACCACAUCUUCCAGGGCUCUCCGCCCUUACGUCUGCGGGCGCUCGCCAUUUCGGAUUGUAACCUAGAACCUACGUGCCCUCUUCUACGAGCAUCCCUGAGGAGCCUUACUCUCCGUCGCUGUGCUUUGUGGCGUACUCUGGACGCCAUGCUUGACACCCUGGUGCUCCUCCCUCUUUUAGAGAUCCUCACCUGGGAUAUGUCUCGAGGCGCCUUACUCAGGUUGCCAUCGUCGAUUCAUGUGCCACAAGCCGAGUUUCGCACGUCAAGGACCCAUGUCGUGCCCGUCUCGCUCCCGUCCAUGAAGACAAUCAAGCUGUGUUGCCCUCUGAUGUGCGCUGGUAGUAUCAUACCGCGCUUGGCGAUCCCCGCGCGUUGUGCAGUAGUUAUCAUGGACGACUACUCGUUGACGGGAAGGGAAGGCCGCGACCAGCAAGCUCUCGUCGAUAUGACGAACUACCUUGAUAUGUCAAUUGGCGCGCACAUCGAUCGGGCGAGCGCAGAAGGAAUCUGCAUCUCUGAUGUAGAUGUUCGCCAUGCUGCGGGGGCGUCGGAGUGCCAGGGAGCUUUCACUAUUCAGCUAGCGACCGCGCCGCCUCAUACAGCUUCGCUGGAUGGAACAGAGGACGAUGUUUUCCGAUGCGUGAUAGAACUAGCGAUUCCCAGCGCGCAGGAUCUCGGUAGAGAGUCGCCGUCCAUCGUCUACCCAAGUAUCUUUUGCGAUACUUUGCACCACAUCAUGUCUUGGCCAGCCGUAGCGCUCGCAACCCAACGCUUCUCCACCAGUCACGCGUACUUCUCUCGUCAGGACUCGUGGUCGGCGCCGUUUGCCACCCUGCAGCACCUGUCGCACAUCCACCUGCAGGAUGAUGGAGUGCCCGACACUUCAGCCAUGGUCAUUGGACUCGCACUCGCGCUUCUCAAUCAACCCAAUGCAUUGAGCUCUUUGAGAGUGCUUGAACUUGGGCCCAUGGCCCAUCUUGGCUCGGAUAGGUUAAUGCUCCUUAUCGACUCCCUUCGCCAAUGGCAUCGCUUGGGCGGACGGUUUGUAAGGCUCGUCAUUCGAGACUGUAGCAGUGUCGACGUCGCUGCUCUGUCUCUAGGCGUCAAGGAGGGAUGGGGACAGGUCGAGAUCUCUGAGGAAGAUGAAACAGCACAGCAGUGUCCUAUCUUGUCUUCUCUACAUUGGUACAUCGCCAGGCCGCGCUCUUCUUGUCAUGCCCUCCGGACAUUCUGA